AUGGUCUUUCUGGCGUCGGGGCCGGUGCCCGAGAUACCCAACAAAGACAUCUGCUCCUGGAUCUUCGAUGAGCCGAAGUACGACGUUAACAAACCAAUCUUCAUUGAUGCGACAAAUACAAAUCGCUCCAUAUCACACCUUCAAGCUCGCAAGAUCAUCCGUCAGUUGAUACGCGGCCUUCGCAAGGCUGGCGUGAAAAGGGGUGACUGUGUCCUCAUCCACUCCUUCAACGACAUUUACUAUCCGAUAAUCUUUCUCGCCAUUGUCGGCGCCGGAGCCGUGUUCGCUGGGACGAAUCCGGGCUACACGCCGCUGGAGCUGCGGCAUCACGUUAGCAUCAGCAAGGCCACUUUCCUCAUCAGCGAACCGGAACUACUUGAACCUUUGAUGCAAGCAGCCGGGGAUACUGGAAUUCCCCGAUCCAAUGUCCGCGUCUUCAACACACAGCCGCAUCAGUCCGUGCCGGAAGGGUUCACCAGCUGGACCGACUUGAUGCAGCAUGGUGAAGAGGACUGGGUGCGCUUCGACGACCUCGACACGUGUGCAAACACGACGGCCGCCCGACUGACAAGCUCGGGGACAACGGGCCUGCCCAAAGCGACCAUAACUUCGCACCGGAACUUCAUUGCCCAACACGAGCUCUGCUACAGCCCAGUGGUGUACAACAAGCCGUACGACGUCAUCAAUCUGUACUCUACGCCCAUGUUCCACGCCGCCGUCGCGCCCCGAUGUCACACGUCGACGUUGAAGCUCGGGGAGACGUCGUACGUGAUGCGGCGGUUCGAGCUGGAGCCGUUCCUGGCCAACAUUGAGAAGUUCCAGGUGACGGAACUCUAUGUCGUGUCGGCCAUGGCCGUGGCCAUGGCCAUGUCCCCGCUCAUCACCAAGUACUCGUUGAAGUCGAUCCGGCACGGGCUGGCGGGCGCGGCGCCGCUGAGCAAGGAGACGCAGGCGGCGGUCAAGCCGUACCUGGGCCCCGAGGCGCCGUUCGCGCAGGUCUGGGGCAUGACCGAGGUGACGUGUAUUCUGACCAUGUUUCAGUGGCCCGAGCACGACACGACGGGAUCGGUCGGCCGCGUGAUCCCGGGCAUGGACCUGAAGCUGGUCGACGACGAGGGGCGGGACAUUUCCGGCUACGACGUCGUGGGCGAGAUGUGCGCGCGCGGUCCCACCGUGAUCAAGGGCUACUUCAACAACCCGCAGGCCAACGCCGAGUCGUUUGACAGUGACGGCUUCUACCACACGGGCGACAUGAUGUACUGCGACGGCCGCACCAAGCUGUGGUACAUCGUCGACCGCAAGAAGGAGCUGAUCAAGGUGCGCGCCUUCCAGGUCGCCCCCCCAGAGCUCGAGGGCGUCCUACUCACCCACCCUGACAUCGUCGACGCCGCCGUCAUCGGCGUCCCCGCCGCUUCCGAACUCGACGGCGAGGCUCCCCGCGCUUACGUCGUGCGCAGACCCGGCGUCGACCCCAGCCAAUUGACCGAGAAGGACGUCUACGACUGGGUCGCCGAGCGCCUGUCCAAGUUCAAGCGUCUCGACGGCGGCGUGCGCUUCGUCGACGUCAUCCCCAAGAACGCCAGCGGCAAGAUUCUCAAGCGCAUCUUGAGGGACGAGGCCAAGAAGGAACUGUCCAUGUCGAAACUAUAG